AUGGCCUACGGUGGACUUGGUCCCAGCGGUGCCUUUGCCAGCUUGUGCUUGCGAGUGUGCAAAAACGGAGACUCAAGUGACGUCAGGCUUUGCCCCUGCGUUCGGCUGCGCGUGGCUAUGGGGCGCAAGCAACAGAAUUGCCUUCUGGCACGCGUUCGCCACGAUGUGGCACUGACGCAUCGACACCACCAUUUGGCUGAAAUGCUGGCACCUGUAAGCACCUGUGAAUUGGUUGUCAAGAAGAGUACCAAACGCCAGCGUCAGCGCUCGCAAUGGAUCUGCUCUCAGCUUGAACGGCUUGUUCCAUCGAUACUGCUAUCUGCAGGAAGGGUCGCAUCCUUUAAGGGUCCGAGCGUUGUGCCUCUGCCACGCAUGUCUUUACGUUCCGCACAAGAGCUGUCGCUUGAAAGCCUCCUGUUGAAAAGGCUGAGAACAAAUGCCGCGGGAAUAAAGCAGAGCACCUAG